UUUAAUACAAUACUAAAUCCUAUAUAUAUGAUUUGAAAACAACAUUUUAAUUGUUCCUAAUAAUGUGCAGACCAGAUACAUUACCAUGGAUGGGCUCUGAGCGCCGCUGUUGAUACAUCACUGACUCACUGUCCAAAUAAGCAGUGCAGCGAUCCACCCCUUUAACUCCAUUCAGUGUUUAACUGCUUGGAAAGAAGACGGUCAGACUCGUCAAGGUUCAAAAUGUGGAAAUCUAUUUGCUGAAAAUACUAUCACCUUUUUAAUUUGUGGAUUUAACAACAUCAGAUUUGCAUUGAAAGGGAUCACUUCGUCUGUAACCUUUGGAUUUAUGAUGGCUUGUGUGUGGAAAAUCGCUCUCAGAGGGCGAUGGCAGGCAAUGGUUGUCAUUCUUUGUCUUUUCAAGCUGAGCUCAGUGACUGGACAGGCUCGAUAUUCUAUACCAGAGGAGCAGGCAGAAGGAUCUUUUGUUGGAAACAUUGUUAGAGAUUUAGGCCUGGAUGUGGCGAGGCUCAUAUCAGGUAAAGCUCGUAUUAUUACUAAAGGAAGUCGACAGUAUGUCGCUUUAAACCGAGACAAAGGCAGCCUUGUUAUUAAAGAACGAAUCGACCGAGAAGAGCUUUGUGGAAAGAUCACGCCAUGUAGCUUCAGUUUCGAGGUAAUUUUAGAAAAUCCAAUCCAGCUUCAUCCAGUUAGAAUACUGAUCCAGGACCAGAACGACAACCCUCCUCAGGUUCUGUACCCAGUCCAGACUGGUGGCUCUCUGGUGGCUGAAAUGGUGCCUCGUUCAGCAGAUGUGGGCUAUCUGGUGACUAAAGUGGUGGCUGUUGAUGUGGACUCUGGACAGAAUGCCUGGCUCUCCUAUAAACUGCAGAAAGCCACAGACAGGGCGCUGUUUGAAGUGGGCUUACAGAAUGGAGAAAUAAGAACUAUCCGCCAAGUCACUGAUAAAGAUGCAAUGAAACAAAGACUGACUGUUAUAGUGGAGGACAACGGGCAGCCCUCUCGUUCAGCUACAGUCAUUGUUAACGUGGCGGUGGCGGACAGCUUCCCUGAAGUGUUGUCGGAGUUCACUGACUUUACACACGACAAGGAGUACAAUGACAACCUAACUUUUUACUUAGUGUUGGCUCUGGCUGUAGUUUCCUUCCUCUUCAUCACGUGUUUAGUGGUUAUUAUAUCAGUGAAAAUCUACAGAUGGAGACAGUCUCGCAUCCUGUAUCACUCCAAUCUCCCUGUGAUUCCAUAUUAUCCACCACGUUACUCAGACACUUUAGGGACAGGGACUCUCCAACACGUGUACAAUUACGAAGUGUGCAGGACGACUGACUCCAGAAAGAGUGACUGUAAGUUCGGCAGAGCUGGUAGUCAGAACGUGCUGAUAAUGGACCCCAAUUCUACAGAGACGAUGCAGCGGAUACAGAAUGAAAAGAGCAUCCUGGAUGAACCAGACUCUCCUCUAGAGUUAUUACCUGUCUUUCAUGGCUUCUCUCACUGCCUGUUUAGUGGUCAUCUUCAGUACUACUAG